AUGGUUGAUGCAGCUGAUCUAGACUACGGUGAUGGCGACGGUGAUGGUGAUCUUGAGGCUCAGCAUGAAAACGUUACUACCCCAGCGGCUUCUGGAAAAUCUUCGACGUGUCAAGGACCUGUUCUAGAGGUUCCUAAGCCACAGCUCUUACAUACGCCACUAGCCAAUACUUCGACCACACCAGAGGAUGCUGGACUACCGUCUAAUGCAGACAGUUCGGAUCCAGCUACUUUGCCGUCAGGCCGGGCUAUCUCCUUUAAAGCCAAUACUCAACGACCUGAAUAUCGCUCUGACGGCAAUUUGGAGGAGAUGCUUAAGGAGAGAGUUCACAGAGGUCUGACCUAA